AUGCAGUGGGUUGGAAAUAGAGCAAAAGCGCAAUCAGGAGAAACAAAGAGGAAGAGGAGGCAGAGGAGAAUGAGAGUAGCACGGGAUACGAGGGAGAGAGACAGGGAGGAAAAGCAGGGAAAGUUUGUGGAGAGGAGGGAGGGGAGGAGCAAGCACAAAGAGAACUCGAUCGAGGUGACAAGAAAGCAGAUUCAAGACGAUCUGAACAAGACGAUGGCGGAUGAAAGUCUUGCUCAUGGCAUAAGCGACUUCUCCGUGCCAGCGAUGCGAGACUCCGUUGUGAUUCAACUUCGAAUGCGAGACAAGAAGGAGAGAUCGCCUUUCGAGGACUUGAUCAGGAGCAGAACGAAGCUGCUAAAUGAGAACAUGAUGCUGGAAAACACCCAAGCGAAUCUGUCGAAACAAAUUUCAAUCCAAACUGAAGAAUUGAGGCAGCUUCGGGAGGCCUCUGGCAUCGAAGGAGGAGGAAGCCGAUGUCAGAAGUGUGCGGGCAUGCAGGACGAGCUGACCAGAAACUUAAGAGAGAAGGCAGACGACAAGCAGCAAAUCUUGAAGCUGACGCAGCAGGUGAGGGAUCAGCAGGGUGUAAUCGAGAAGAUGAAGAUGGAUAUGAAAGAGAUGGAGAAUACGAUUCGGUCCAUGAGGGAUGAACAGAAAUCCGCGCUGGUCAAGAUCAAAGAUUUAGAAGCAUCUCUCCAAGUUGCUGUCGAAGAAUGCGGAGCUCGAACUAUCGAGAUCGAUCGCCUCAAGCCGGAGCUGCACAAGAUGCAGACAGAGAACUUUGACCUGGUGAAUGAGCUGCUGAAGCUCAAGGGGCAGAUGGCGGACAAGUACAACGAGAUUCACAGCCUGAUGGAGGAGGUGGAGCUGAAGAAACGAAUAGCCGAGGCUGUAAACAGCAGCAACGUCCCUGCAAGCUCUGAGGAGAAGGAGGAGGCGAUGGCUGCGUGCGAGCCAGUUUCCUUCCUCUGUCGACUGCCGCAGCGGGCAAAGCAAACCAUCAUCGCGCACGAGAGGAGCGAGAUCCAUGCGCUGGCGCACAACAGCAGCGGCGCCAUGCUGCUGACAGGAAGCGACGACAGAACGAUGAAGCUUUGGGACGCGAGGACCCUGUCUCGCAUGGCAACAUUUCAAGGGGCAAUCAAGGCAGUGAUGUGUGUUGCAUUCUCAAACGAUGGAAAUUACGUUCUAGGAGCAAGGUAA